AUGGGCAGGCACGAGGCGCGGAGACUCUUUUGGCACGCGGCGCUCCUAGCAGCCUCCGUCCUGAAUUCCUGCAUCCUGUUGGCUGGAGCCCAGGGGGCAACUGGAAUACGUAUCAGAGUUGACCCAGAAGUGCUGAAAGAAGGAGAUCGUGUCACCUUAACACCAGAAGGUGUCGAUCUGGAGGCGCUUCGUAACUGCAAAUGGUACCGAGGGGCAAUUAACUCCAGUUAA